GUAAAUAAUUCUUUUAGUUAAAAUGUGGGAGCAGCUGGCAAGAUAUCGCAAUCACUUCUUGCAACACGAGAUCAAGGAUGUGCUGAAGCCGACCACCAUAAACAGCCAGCAGAAUAAGGAGUGGACAGAGGCCAUGGAGAAGCGAUAUAUGUGUAAAUGCCUCCCGUAUUGCUGCACAUCGACCUCCACUCAUUUGGAGGACAGGGCUCAAUUGGCCUACGGUUGGUUUGCACUGCCUAAAUUGUUGAAGGAACUGGACAGUGAUGUUCGCCUGACCCACUGGAAAGCAGUCGUCUCGUUAUCCGAGUUCCUCUUGAACCCUCUAAAUGCCCAGAGGGCCAUUACUGAAAUGGAUAUUGUGAGAAAGUUAAAAAAUGCCUUUAUGCGGAUGAGAUUAAAGCUUCACAAAGAGGAACAUCGGGAGGGAGAGAUGUAUCUAAAAAUUUAUAAUAUACUAUCGCGCAAUUUUGAUGGAGCAGAAAAUAUUGCCAACCGCAAAUGCUUGAGGAUCGAGUUUUAUAAAAUAAUUAAAAAUCAGGAGAGCAAUAAAGAUGAUCUGGCUUCAGAGAUUCUGCGGAAUUUGACGGGGAAACCGAAGGUUCUGGGAAUAUUCUUGGAGGAUCCUGAGAACUUUUCAGCCCUGGCCGACAUUUUCAAGCAGGAUCCCUGCCGUCCACAUUAUCCCAUUCACUUGUGGCACCAUCUUUGUCAUCUGCUCGAAGUGGCGCCCGAGCAGGGAAUCGAAUUGGGUUUUUUCGAGCUGCUACACUCGAGGAUCCUGAAUCGUUUGGCCAACUUUUGGGACAUGGCCACCAAGGCAUUCGCCUUGCUACUUUGCUGUGCGGAGGGUCAACGUCGAUUCGAUGCGGUGGAUGGUGUGAAACUGCUGUACGAUGUCUUCUGCCAGCCUUAUGAAAACCCAAGGAAAUUGCUGCCCCGCCAGAAGGUGGAAAACUGGGAAUAUACGGUUUUGGCCCUACUAAAUGGCCUACACAGCAAACGGGCCUUGUGGCGCAGCCGGGAGUUCACCCAAUUGCCCUGUUACGUGGGUCGUCUGAUGGAGUCGACGGUUGACAAUCCCCGCCUGCAACUCUACUGCCUCAAAGUGUUCCGAGAACUGGGAGUGAUGCCCUGCAUUAAACGCUAUAUUAUCGGCAAUUGGUUGGAGGACAUUUGCAAGUUGUUCUGCCUGGAUGCGGAGGCGGAAUGCGCCAGGGAUUCCUUGGUCGAUUGGCUGCGUCGGGAUAUAGCCGAUAGCAGCUAAAUACCUUGAUAGUAUUUACUUUCAUUUCAAUCUGUUUGCUUGCUACCCACAAAAACGUCGCAUUUCUCCGCUUUCGAACCGCUUAGAUAAAUCCAAACCGUUUCAAAAAGCCA